AUGUCGAUAACAGCACAGGCUGAAGCUAGAUUGAGAUUUAGGCCAGAUAUUCGUAAUAUUAUAUGCUAUAAGUGUGGUAAGAGGUGUCAUUUUUCGAGUAGCUGCAUGGCAGAAAGAACUAAUACUCGAAACAAGAUAUCCACGCCAAAACAAGAAUCAGAGGCUCAAAGAAUCGGGCCCACAUGGAAAAGAUGUUUGAGGAAUUAUUCCACUACCCAUGCAAGAGUAGAAGAAACCCAAGACCUCGUGAUAGAAGAAGAAGGCG